AUGCUGAAGCAUGAGUUCUCUGUGGACAUGACCUGGGAAGGCUGCUCUAAAGCUGUGAGUAGAGUGCUCAACAAGCUGGGGAGAACUGAGUUUGACCUUGACCUGCCCAUCAACUCCAUCAACUCUGAGCACAGUACAAACACUCUGCUGGAGACCCUGGGGAAAACAGAAAAGGCUCAUUCUUACCUGGGCCCCAAGAAAUGA